AUGUCGUGGGUUAGUAGAUCUACAAAUGUUGCCGCGCAUAAACUAGCAAAAGUUAGCGUUGGAGAAUCGGCCGUUCGUCCCCUGGUCUCGGGUUCCCGACGGGGCGCCGUACCUCCGUCUUGCCUGCGACUGCCCCCGCUCCCCCCGUCUCCCCUGCGACCGCGCCCACCCCUCCUUCCCCGGUCUCCCCCGCGACACCACCACCGCCGCCUCUCGCGCCACCGUCUCCCCCGCCUCCCAAGUCUAUCGACCACCGCCGCCCGCCGCCCCUGCUUCCCCCCCGUCCACCGCGACCUCCUCACAGCCCAGCACCUCGUCUCCCUCUCGAAUCGAGACCGAACUCGGUGUGAACUCUUUGAUCUCCAUCAGCAGAUAGUUCCUCUUGUUGAUUCAUGGGGUUGGCAGAAGUCCAUUGUUGAGAGGAGGAAACCGUUGGUAGGCAUAGACACGGACACAGAUGAAGAUCACUCGGACACCUUAAUCGCGCUGCAGCAUCCACCGGUUUAUACACUGGGCAACGGCAGUAGUGAGAAAUACCUCAAUUUCAAUAUAGAAGAUUCUCCUAUUGAGAGUCAUCGUAUUGAUCGUGCUGGAGAGCUCGUUCUGUACCCGAUUCUCAAUUUGCGGUAUCAAAAGAAGGAUCUUAACUGGUACCAAAGAUCACUUGAAACUGUGGUCAAUCGUGCCCUUCAGUCCGCAUUCUCUAUUAAGGCAUCAACAAUAGAAGGCCUCACUGGUGUUUGGGUUGGGGAUCAGAAAGUUGCAGCUAUUGGAACUAUGUGUGCAAGAUGGAUAGUAUAUCAUGGUCUAGCGCUAAAUGUCACAACUGACCUAACCCCUUUUGAACACAUCGUUCCCUGCGGCAUAAAGGGCCGUGGCGUUGGGAGUAUUAAGCAGAUAUUGCAAAAGGCUUCCAACGGUAGAGAAUAUAACGAUGCAGAAUUGAUGGAUAUAGCUUAUGAUUCGCUGAUUAAAGAGUUUGCUGACUUUUUCCAGCUCUCUCUGGAACCCAGCCCUGAUUUGUAUCUUUAGCAAGAUAACAUUAUCAAUCAACUGCACAAUGAUUUAUUAGAUUAUCAGAACUGGACUCCAGCGAAAAAGUCAGAAACAAAUACAAGAGGAUAGCAGAGGCAAGCUUUUAUUCAAAA